AUGCACCAAGUCGAAAAGGGUCAAAAAGCGAAGCUCGGAAUCACUGGCACCCCCGGAUUUCGUAGUCCCGAAAUGCUGAAAGUCCAGCAGUACGGCACCGCCACGGACAUUUGGUCCCUCGGAAAUGUUCUGUGGGAGCUAUUCACAGGAUUUUCUUCGCACCGCGAAAUCGAAGCGGGAUCAUGCAAAAAGAAUGUUCGCAUCAAUCUCCAAUCGGCACGUAAAACUUUCGCUCGAAGUCAAACGGUCAAGGACAUGCUUUCACAACAGGACUUCGUUCGACCUGGCACGGGCGAUCUCCUCAACGAUCCAGGCAUUCUUGAAGCGCUUUACGAACUCUGGCACCCAGAUAGGUAA